GUACCUAUUCUUUUCCUUUUCCUCCCACACACCCAUUCUUUAGUGUACUCAAGGCAUCUUCAAAGAACAAUAAACCACCAUUAUACCCAAUCUCCUUAUGUCUUAGAUUCGACAAGCCCGUACUCCCUGUCUCACACAUCCGACCAUGCCCCUCCUCACAGCAAAGCGCAAGAAACCCCCCAUCAUUCACACCGAGCAGGUCGAGGUCGCCGUCAAACCGAAGCCCAAACCCAAGGUCAACCAACAAAACAACUCUCUCCGAGUCGCGAGCUCCAACCUCCCGGGCAGGAGAAAGUCCAAAUCGAAGAGCGAAUCUCCCUACCCCUACCCCUACCCCUACCCCGCCUCCCCUGCGUCCUCCGGCUCCUCCGACCCUCGCCGCCGCAUAGACCGCGACCGCGGCCAGAGUCGAAAACGCAAACACGGCAGUGUCGACCCCCUCCAGCCUCACUUCGACAAAGAUUCCGACGCCGAGGAUGACGACGACGACGACGUCUUCGCUACGCUCGAGAACCGCAAGCGACAUCGCUCCUCUGCCGACGACCGCAUCGACCACAAGCGCGCCCUGACUUGCGCCGACGCCUUUGAGCCCGCCGAGGGGCCCGGCCCUAAAAAGCUGCGGUAUAUUCAUGCUACGGAAAUCAUAAGCACGGCGCACUCGCACUCGCACUCCGCGUCUGCCCAUCGCGCUUUGCAGGCGACGGAGGAUGAUGAUAUUCGCGUCCAGCUUCAAUACCCGAGUUUAUAUCCGCCAGAAAGCUACGACCUUCUCAUCGAAAACGGCAAAAUCGAUGCUGUCAGCGACAUCAUCGACGUCGUCACCCACGUCGCCGACUUCUACCUGACCGCAGACCAAGCAACAGACUUCACCGAACCCAACACGGGCCUGAUACGCCGCCUGAAUAGGGCCUCCAACACCAACGACCUCGCCGGCUUCAAGCGCGCCCUCGCCGACGCGAACGCGCGGAUCCUGUCCCUCGCCCAAGACGGCACCUUCCGCCGGAACCUCUCCCAGCGGCACGCCAUCCCCUACAAGCUGGCCGAGUUCAUCCUGUCGCAAGUCUACGACCGCACCGUCUCGCCCGACGUCGACAAGCUGAAGCAGUACAAGAACGGCACCGACAACGUCUACGGCGAGCUCAACUACAUCUUCGUCGACAAGGUCCUCCAGGAGAUGACCCGCAUGACCUCGGACCAGGUCUUCGUCGACCUCGGCUCGGGCGUCGGCAACGUCGUCUUCCAGGCCGCCCUCGAGGUCGGCUGCGAGAGCUGGGGGUGCGAGAUGAUGGACAACCCGUGCGACUUUGCCGAGGCGCAGAAGCGCGAGUUCGCGCGCCGGUGCCGCCUGUGGGGGAUCGCCCCGGGCGGCGUCCAUCUCGUCCGCGGCGACUUCCUCACCGAGCCCGCCGUCCACGAGGUGUUGAAACGCGCCGACGUCGUCCUCGUCAACAACCAGGCCUUCACCCCGGACCUGAACGCCCAGCUUGUCAACAUGUUCCUCGACCUCAAGCAAGGGUGCCGGAUCGUCUCGCUCAAGUCGUUCACGCACGACGACCAGGGCGGCCGGAAUAUUAACGACGUGGCGAGCAAUAUCCUCCGGGUCGAGCACCAUACCUAUCCUGAGGGUCACGUCAGUUGGACCAAUGCCGGCGGCACGUUCUGCAUCUCCACGAGGAAGUAGGAGGUGGUGAACGGGACGAUACGAUACGAUCUGCAUCUAGAAUGCCAUGACAAGCGAGAGCAAAUGACAUCCAGUAUGGGGAGUGAGAUGAGGAAAUGUGUUGGAAACGAAAUGGACGAACCCCAAGCCGCCAGCUAGAACGGGGACAAGAGCAUCCGGAGAGGGUGUCAAAAUAGAGAGGGGAAGAACAAAGAGCAAUGAUGUUGGGUGAGCAUGGCCAUGCGAAAGAGGAGGUUAAAGAUACCGGAGGAUUCAUCGAGAUUUGGCAAGCGUAACAUCCGGGUGGAAGCCAUUCCAGCCCGGCACAGCAUCGCAGCAUAACAUAGCGAGGCCGACUUAUAGUCAUAGCGGAAACACUUUUGUAGUAUAGAUUCUUACGCAAGACAUACCCAUUUUCUUACAUCGUAUCAGACUAUCACGAUGCCUUGAAUCAAUGGAACAUACAUAUCUAAAAUUGGAAACACC